AUGGGGGAUAUACAGAAAUUAAUAGGAGAACAGACUCGACAAUUAGUUGAUCAGGUAAAACAUUUAAAUAAAAAAUUUGAAUCGUUUACGGGUGAAACAAAAUACAUAGAUUAUGAAGAUGAGGAAGUAGAUGACACAAUUGAUGAUAGAUCAGAUUCAUCACUAGCAAACGCCUUACCCGAAUUAAGGAAUCAAAGUGGAUACGUGUCGUGGAGACAAGCUGCCCAUAAUGGAGAUUCAACCAUUAUGGAAUACUAUAAUAAGGUUAACGAAAAAUUGACUCUAUUAAUUAACAAGACAAUCAUGACCUACGGCAACGACAGGACAAUAACGAAAGAAUCCAAUGACUUUCAUAGACAGACAGCACUUAAAGUAUUCAUAUCAGGUCUUAACGCUCCAUAUAAUAAUAUAGUAGCUUCUAUGCAACCGACAGAUUUACCAAACGCGUUAGCUAAGGCACAAGAAAUAGAAUCAAACUAUCAACGCGCACAAAUAGCUUAUAAUUAUGACAAACACGUCCGAAAUAACAUGUUGUCGAAUAGACACAAACACAAAAACGAUAACCGCAUGCGUUACCCAAUUGCUCAACAACAUAAACCCCAACUCAAACCAGAACCAAUGGAUGUUGACACGAGCAUUCAAUACAGACAGAAUACUAAUUAUAACCACAACUAUAACAAUGACAGACAAUACAGACCACCAAUGUUUAGAAAUAAUUAUCAGCCGCCGAAUAAAUUCAAUAACAAUAAUCCCAAUUACAAUCACCAUAAUUAUAAUAAUAACAACAACGCUCAGGCAAUCAAAAGACCUCAUAACGGUUCUAAUCAAAUAGUGUCACCACCUAAAACUCAUAGGGCAAACCAUUUAAUCGACAAUAAAGAUGAUCGUCGAAUCGAAAAGGUCAAUAACAUUGAAGAAAAUCAUUUUUUAGGGUAA